GAAAGGGUUGUUUAUGUAUCCUUCAAUAAAGUAAGCAACAAAGGAACUUGAUAAAACCUUAAAUGGAGCAUGAAGGCUCAAGCAGGAGACAUUCAUCAACACAAAGAUUGGUGGCCAUAAGCUUGGGACUCAUAUGUGUCAUCUCGCCGUUAUUCAUCGAUAAAAAACCGCAAACGCUCGAAGAGCUCGAGCUAGAAGAACAAGAGCUUCUUAGCAUUUCCACCUGUCUGGUUCUUGUUGUGUUAAUCUUGAUUAUUGUUGCAGUCUUCUCAUGUUACUUGGAUCAUAGCCUUACAAGGUUUGAUCCUUAUUGGAUAUAUCGAGUCGGAGGCUCUUCGGGUGGUAUCAUUGCUCUUUUAGUAGUUCUUAUGUUCAUAUUGAAGUGUAAAGCUUUUUAGGGUUUAAUUUAGGUAAGGAAUACAUAAAAUUUCAUGCAUGUAUCUUUUUUUUAAGAAACCUGUAUUGAUUUGGAUUAAAAUGUCACUAUGCGUAAAUGUUUGAUGAAUCAUUGUCACUCGAGUGUCGGAUAAAUUUAUAAACAUAGAAAAUGAGUAUCUGAUACUUUA